UACAACACACACCUCGAUCAAGCUAGAUCGAACACACAAACUAAAGCUAGCUAUGCUUUAGUGCUUUACAAAGAAAAAUAGAAGAGAUAGAGCGAGUACUACUUGGUCGUCGUCACCGGCGAGGCCUGGCUGCUGUUGCCGGCCGGCGGCAUCCAUGGACUGCGCGAUCCAAGUGGUGCUGGGGGUGGUGAUGCGGAGGAGCAUCUGCCGGCUGCACGAGGUCGUCGCCAUGGCGGUGGAGCUUGGCACGGCACUGCUCGUGGCGGUGCGGUUUUCUGGCACAGCCUUCCGCCGGACACCUGCGACGCAGGCGGUGUCAGGGUCAACCCUCUACUACUACUACGCCCCAGUGACGGCCACCAUGGUCAGCAUGUCCAGGCUCGACAGGCACUAGCUAGCUAGGGGCCGGCCGGUGAGUUAAACCUAAUGCACCAUCUGGAUCUGAUGGUUGUUUGUGCUUGCCUAUCUUGUGAGUAAUAAAUCCAAUGACUUUAGCCACAUAAAUACAUGUUCAUAAGCAGUGUACAACAUGAGAUCGACAUGGUAAUUGUUCACUUGAAUACAAUUUGAGAUAGAAAUAUGUUAACUGCAUAAACGGUGUCCAAUUUUGUCCCCUCUUGUUUCUCUC